AUGGAGAAGAAACCGCGCCCUGGCCAGAAAACUACGUUUCCCGACAGCCUCCGCACGCCUCGUGCGCACGCGCCGAAAGUCUCCGCCCGCGUCACGUUCCUGCCUCGCGGCGACCAAGAGGAACCCAGGAAGGACGGCGGGGAGGAAGGAGAAGAACUACAUUUCCCGCCGUCCCCUUUCCCUGUUUUACAACCUAGCAAGUGCCGCGCAUGCGCCACGGAGAGGCCUGGCUCCUCAGUUCGCCCGUUGAAUCCUCGUAGGUCGGUCAGUCGGUCGGCGGGCGGCGUGUGGGAGGGGAGAGCCAGACGAGCCAGCAACCUGCGCGCCUGCCUGCGACGGUGGUGGCGGCGGCGUCGAAAUCAGUGA